AUGCCAUGGGUAGAGGUCACUUUGCAGCCUGCCCCAGCGGUGACCUACAGGACCAUUGGAGGAGUGCUGGAUUUCUACAUCCUCUUCGGAGAUACCCCAGAACAAGUGGUGCAGGAGUUCCUUGAACUCAUUGGCAGGCCUGUCAUUCCCGCCUACUGGUCCUUGGGCUUCCAGCUCUCACGCUGGGACUAUGGCAGCCUGAGUGAAGUAAAAGCCACCGUGGAGAGGAAUCGUGCUGUGCAGAUUCCAUAUGACAUCCAGUACACCGACAUCGACUACAUGGAAGACAAGAAGGACUUCACGUAUGAUAAAGUGAAGUUUGCUGACCUUCCCCAGUUCUACGACUACCUCCAUGAGAAAGGACAGCGAUACAUCCUCAUCCUGGAUCCAGCCGUAGCAACCAGCAAGAGGGUCGGAAACACGCCAUAUGAAUCGUACGACCGUGGAACAGCCAAAAACGCCUGGGUCUUUGAAGCCGAUGGGAAAACUCCUCUUUUGGGAGAGGUGUGGCCCGGAGAGACCGUGUUCCCAGACUACACGAGCCAGGCCUGCAUCGACUGGUGGGUGGAUGAGUACGAGAGGUUUUCCCGGGAGAUCAAGCACGACGCCCUUUGGAUUGACAUGAAUGAAGUUGCAAAUUUCAAGAAAGGAUCAGUCAAAGGCUGCGCUGACAACAAUCUCAACUACCCUCCGUACACACCCAGCAUUCUGGACGAGGUGAUGUACAGUAAGACCCUGUGUAUGGACGCCAAGCAGGCCUGGGGGAACCACUACGACGUCCAUAGCCUGUAUGGUUAUUCCAUGGUGCUUGCCACAGAGAAGGCACUGCAGCGUGUUUUUGGGGGGAACCGGACCCUGAUGCUGACCCGCUCCUCCUUCCCAGGUGUGGGAAAGUACUCGGGUCACUGGCUGGGAGACAACGCAGCCAACUGGAACGACAUAAAGUGGGCCAUCCCCGGCAUGCUGGAGUUUAGCCUCUUCGGCGUUCCUUAUAUCGGGGCUGACAUCUGCGGCUUCUUUGACGACUCCAGCGAGGAGUUGUGUCGGCGAUGGAUGCAGGUGGGAGCCUUUUACCCAUUUUCCCGGAACCACAACGCUCAGGGCUACAGGCCCCAGGAUCCAGCUUUCUACGGACCGGAUUCCACCCUGGUGAAGACCUCCAAGCACUACCUGACCAUCCGCUACACGCUGCUGCCGUACCUGUACACUCUCUUCUAUAGGGCCCACACCGCGGGGGAGACGGUGGUGCGGCCGGUUAUGCACGAGUUCUACUGGGACAGUGCAACAUGGACAGUGGACAGACAGUUUCUGUGGGGGAAGUCUCUUCUAAUCACCCCUGUCCUGGAUCCGGGGACUGAUACUGUUAAGGCAUACAUUCCAGAUGCAGUGUGGUACGACUAUGAAACGAUGGAGAAAAUAGUGCCACGCAAGCAGGUUGUUAACAUGUACAUCCCAGGAGACAAGCUGGGCUUACACAUCAGAGGAGGAGCCAUUCUUCCCACGCAGCAACCAGCAGUCACCACUACACACAGCCGCACGAACCCCAUGGGCCUGAUCGUGGCUCUCGAUGACAACAGCCAGGCCAUGGGGGAGCUUUUCUGGGACGACGGAGACACACGCGAAACGGUGGAAAAGAAAAACUACAUCCACUACCAGUUUACAGUCGUCAAUGGACUGCUCGCACUUCAGGCCAUCCAUGCCGGCUACAUGGACCCCAACAACCUGAAAUUUGAAGAUGUCACUAUCCUGGGUGUACUGGUGGCUCCCUCAAAUGUCAGCGUCAGGCACACGGCGACCGGAGCCAUAACAUAUCUGCCUGCUGACAGCAUCCAGCACGACAACAACAAGAAGGUUUUGAUGCUGCGGGGCCUGUCCAUGACGCUGGGAGAGUCCUAUACUGUCCAGUGGAAUCAGGCCAAUCCGGACUUCCAGAGAUUCGACUGCCAUCCUGAAGAGGGUGCUGAUCAGGCGAAAUGCCAGGCUCGCGGCUGCAUCUGGAAGCCAUCUAGUUUUGAGAAGGUUCCAUGGUGCUACUACCCCGACGAUUAUGGAUACAAGGUGACAUCCAUUAGUGAGACAGACUCAGGAAUAACAUUGGAAGUCCAGAGAAAUGCUAAGCACAGAAGCACCAACCGCCCUGGCUCUCCGGACAUUAACACUCUGAAAGUCCAAGUCUUCUACCACACUGCUGACCUGCUGCAGUUUAAGAUUUGGGAUCCAAGUACAGAGCGCUAUGAGGUCCCUAUAACACUGAACGUCCCAACUACACCAGAGACAGAUGAGAGCAAGAGGAAGUACAAGGUCCAAUACGUCAAUAAUCCAUUCGGCAUUCAAGUUAUUAGGAAGAGCACAGGAACCAAGAUCUGGGACUCGUCGGUGCCGGGGUUCACCUUCUCGGACAUGUUCAUCCAGGUUACCACCAGGCUGUCUUCAGAGUACGUCUAUGGCUUUGGGGAGACAGAACACCCUACGUACAGGCACAAUCUGCACUACCACACCUGGGGCAUGUUCUCCAAGGAUCAGCCUCCGGGCUACAAGAUGAACUGUUACGGAGUACACCCCUUCCACAUGGGCCUGGAAAACACAGCCGAUGCUCACGGUGUGCUGCUCUUCAACAGCAACGCCAUGGACGUGACGUUCCAACCCACGCCCUCAUUAACCUACCGAACCCUGGGGGGCAUCCUGGACUUCUACAUGGUCCUGGGCCCUACUCCGGAGAUGGUGGUGCAGGAGUACACUGCGCUGAUUGGACGGCCUGUGUUACCUGCCUAUUGGUCUCUGGGGUUCCAGCUUUGCCGCUACGGUUAUGUCAAUGACACAGAGAUCAAGGACCUGUACACUGACAUGAAAGAUGCUGGGAUACCCUAUGAUGUGCAGUACGGAGACAUUGACUACAUGGAGCGUCAGUUGAACUUUCUCUUGGAUAAAGAGAAUUUCAAAGGACUUCCUGCCUUAGUCGAUUCAAUGAGAGCGGAGGGCAUGAGGUUCAUCUUUAUUCUGGAUCCAGCCAUCUCUGGCAACGAAACUCAGCCCUACCCUGCAUGGACGGAUGGAUUAAAGCAAGAUGUUUUUAUCAAGUGGCCGCAAAACAUCAGUAAUGAUAUUGUAUGGGGAAAGGUGUGGCCAGAUAUACCCAAUGUGACUGUCGAUAACAGUUUGGACUGGGACACUCAAGUUAGGUUAUACAGAGCCUAUGCAGCAUUCCCGGACUUCUUCCGCACUUCAACAGCUGAGUGGUGGAAAAAAGAAAUUGUGGAUUUUUACAAUAACGUUAUGAAGUUUGACGGAAUCUGGAUUGACAUGAAUGAGCCUGCCAGUUUUGUUCAUGGCACAGUUGGAGAAAACUGCCUUGGUAACCCCCUCCUGGAGGACCCUCCAUACAUGCCACCUCUGGAGUCUAAACAUAUGGGUCUGAACCACAAGACACUGUGUAUGAACAGUGAGCAGAUCCUCCCCAGCGGGAAAAGAGUACGGCAUUACGAUGUGCACAACCUCUAUGGCUGGUCCCACACCAAACCUACCUUUGAUGCCCUGCAUGUUGCAACUAAGAAAAGAGGCAUCGUGGUCACCCGCUCCACCUACCCAUCCAGCGGCCAGUGGGCUGGGCACUGGCUAGGGGACAACUUUGCCAGCUGGGACCAGCUCUAUAAAUCCAUCAUAGGCAUGAUGGAGUUCAGUCUAUUUGGCAUCCCUUAUACUGGAGCAGACAUCUGUGGAUUCUUCAACCCCUCAGAAUAUGAGCUGUGCCUGCGCUGGAUGCAGCUUGGUGCCUUCUAUCCAUAUUCACGCAAUCACAACGGCUUGAACAACCCGAGACAAGACCCAGUUGCUUGGGACCAGUUCUUCGCCAACGCCUCCAGAGACGCACUGAACAUCCGCUACACCCUGCUGCCUUACCUCUACACCCUGAUGUUCCUGGCCCACACCGAGGGGAGCACAGUAGUUCGGCCCCUGCUCCACGAGUUUGUCCGUGACAGAAUCACAUGGGAGGUCCAUAGGCAGUUCCUCUGGGGCCCAGCUUUGCUUAUAACACCGGUCAUGGACAAGGGUGCACGAGAAGUGAAGGGAUAUGUGCCUUAUGACCGCUGGUACGACUAUCACACAGCCAGAGACGUGGGAGUACGUGGACAGUGGGUCGUCAUGCCAACACCACUUGACCACAUUAACCUUCAUGUCAGAGGAGGGUAUAUCUUACCGUGUCAGAAACCAGAGAGGAACACACACAUCAGUCGCAAAAAUCCAUUGGGGCUAAUCGUGGCCCUGAGCGACUCCAACACUGCCCAAGGAUCCUUCUUCUGGGAUGACGGAGAUGGCAUAGGAACGGCUGAGAGAAAGGAGUACCUGCACACGUCGUUCUCGGUGCAAUCGAACACUCUGACCAACCACGUCCUUCACAACGGCCUGAAGGUUCCUGACCAACUGCGGAUGGGAGAGCUGAAGAUCUGGGGAGCGGGCAGUGUCAAGAUCACCCAAGCAACGCUCACAGAUGAAUCCGGAAUCUCAAGCCCACUAACCCCCCACCACAACCUGGUCACACAGGAGCUGAUAAUAGACGUCACUUCUAAAAAUCAAGUCAUGCAUGAGAGCUUCACAAUAUCAUGGAGAUCAUAG